AUGAAACUCGGAAAGGUGGCUUUGGUCUGGCUAGCAGGGGCGCUGCACGGGACGGCGGCGGCUGGAGCACUGCUGGGGGUGGACUACGGACAGCAGUUUGGCAAGGCGGUGGUGGUUGCUCCCGGGGCGCCGCUGGAGAUAGUGCUAACGCCGGAGGCAAAGCGGAAGGAUGAGAAUGGGGUGUGUGUGCGGGAGGUGAUGGGGCGCGUGGAGCGCGCGUACGGGUCGGCGGCAAGUGCGGCGGCGGCAAGGCAGCCGGAAAGCGCGCUGCUGCACACGAAAGGGCUGCUCGGGCGGCGGGCGGCGGAGGAGCUGGGGUGGUGGCGGCGCGGGCACCCGGGCGUGCAGGUGGCUGACACGGGCCGGGGGGGCGUGGGCUUCGCGGUUGUGGGGGAGACGGUGUCUGCGGAGGAGACGGUGGCGAUGGCGCUGCAGCAGUACGUGCGGCGUGCGGAGGAGCUGGUCGCGGAGAAGCGUGCGCGGGACAAGGUGACACAGCUGGCGCUGACGGUGCCGGAGUACUUUGCGGUGGAGCAGCGCAAUGCGCUGCUGGACGCGGCGGCGCUGGUGCCGGCGGAGCAGACGUACCUGGUGAGUGAGGGCCUCAGCGUGGCGGUGGACUUCGCGCUGAAGGGCGCGUUCGAGGCGGGGCGCGCGUACCACUACGUCGUGUACGACGCGGGGGCGGGCUCUGCGAAGGCGACGUUGGUGACGAUCGCGCAGCCCGCGGAGGGGCCGCUGCGGGUCGAGCUGGUCGGGUUUGGGCACAGCAAGGCGGUCAGCGGCGCGCGCUUCACGCAGACGAUCGCGGACAUAAUCGAGGAGCGGUUCCUGGCGGCGCAGCCCGCGCUGCGCGCGGCGCAGCUGGAGGCGAGCGCUCGGUCGCGCACCAAGGUGCUGCAGGCCGCGGAGCGUGCCAAGCUGAUUUUGAGCGUGAAUUCCGAGGCGCCCGUGAGCAUUGAGUCGUUGUUCGAAGACAUCGACUUCAAGACGGUGCUGCACCGCGAAGAAGUGGAGAAGCGCAUGGCGCCUGUCCUGGACCUGGUGUGCUCUCCGAUCGAGGAGGCGCUGGCCGGCCAAUUUGGCCCGGUGCGGGUGUCGGUGGACCAGCUCGACGCGGUGAUCCUCACGGGUGGCUCGUCCCGCGUUCCGAGUGUGCAGGACCGCCUGGCCAAGUGCGUGGGCGAGGCGCUGAUCUCUAAAAGCGUGAAUGCGGAUGAAGCUGCUGUGAACGGCGUGGCCAUCAGGGGUGCGCAACUAUCCAAGAUAUUCAGGACGAGGCCGCUGGAGGUCAUUGACCGCUCGAUUUACGCCUAUGGUGCUAAAGUAGUGGGCCAGGACGCUCCCAUCGAAAUAUUCCCUGUUGGCUCGGUGUACCCUGCCACAGCGUCUGUCCGUCUGCCAGCUUCCCAGGACGACUUUACAGACGCACUCGAGCUUGAGUUAUACGAAGGGGAGAGAUUGUUCAAGAAGCUGUCGGUUCGGCAGACAAAGGACAAGUUCACUCAGGAGCUAUGCCCCAUGGGUGUGACUUAUAAUGCUACUUUCGGGCUCAAUGCAAACAGAAUCCCUGUACCUGUGAAGGUGGAAGCACUGUGUUGGGGUAACCCCGAGGUAGUAACAGACCAAGAGGACACGGCUGAUGCUCUCCCCCAGAAAGUAAAAAGUGUGAAGUUAGAUGUUAAGGAAACAUAUACCUACCUGGAGCCGCUCCGUAACAAAGCGCUAACCGAGGCCAAGAUCAGGUUGUCUAAAUGGGAUCGCGCGGAGGAAGAGGAAUUAAGGAAGCAGGAUCUAUUGAACAGCUUAGAAUCGCUCAUAUACUCUACCCGCGAGUGGCUGGAGACGCCAGAAGUCCUCGAUAAUGGCGCACACGACUAUGUGGAAAAAUUGACCGAGCUUGUAAGCACGAAUCUAGAGUGGUUAGACUAUGAAUCUUCAAAUGCUACCUUUGACGAUAUCAACAACAGAUUACAGGAAAUCAUGAGUCUGUAUAAGUUGCUUAGCCAUUACCUUUCCAUAGACGCUAAGGUUUUGGAUCUCCCAGUAUUUGAGCUUCUACGCAAAAAUGUUUCUGAAGCCAUUUCUACCUUUAACGCAUUUGAUGAUACUGCAGUGGCACAAGCUAAUGAACUUGAGGAUAAUUUUAACUCUCUUGGCCUAAAUGUCACUAGAGAAUAUACUAAACUGAAGGUUCCAAAGAAUUUACAGUACAAUUCAACCUUUGCUGAGUCAGAAUUGGCCGCACUCGGUAAGAUACUGAGCGAACUCGAGCCCAUAUUAACUCCAGAUGCAUUUGAUACAAUUGACCGCGAACAGUUAGUAAAAUUGUUCAUGAAAUCCGAAGGUCAUCUAAAUUCCAUCGAGGAAAUGCAAAAAUUCCGCGAAAGAGCACAUGCAUACCGCUUGCGUGAGCUAAACUCAUUAUACACAAGAAAACUAAGAGCGGCAAAGAGGAAAGAAGAGAAAAGCAAAGAAGCAGCCUCUUCAUCUACUACUGACUUCGCAGAUGAAGCAAAAGCGACCUCUACGCAACAACCAGCAGAUGCAUCCACCUCUAGCGCAGAUAGUUCCACUUCGGACAUCGAUCACGAUGAACUAUGA